UGUGUACUUUGACGUGGAGUCGAUUGGGGAGCGCUACGGACGGCUACGGAGGGUUCUCACAGACGUCACACCCGAGAGGAGGGCGAGAAACGUGGCAUGAGAGACUUUGCGCUGUGGAAAGCGGCGAAGACGUCCGAGCCAUCCUGGGACUCGCCGUGGGGGCCGGGCCGACCUGGGUGGCACAUCGAGUGCUCGGCCAUCGCUAGCCUGGUGUUUGGGAGCCAGCUCGACAUCCACACGGGAGGCAUCGACCUGGAGUUCCCGCACCAUGAGAAUGAGAUAGCUCAGAGUGAGGCGUAUCACGGCUGCGAGCAGUGGGCCAACUACUUCAUGCACUCCGGACAUCUGCACCUAAAGGGCAGCGAGGAGAAAAUGUCAAAGUCUCUCAAGAACUUUAUCACCGUCAAGGAGUUCCUUCAGAAUAACACGGCCAAUCACUUCCGCAUGUUCUGUCUGAUGUCCAGAUACCGUUCCCCCGUGGAGUACAGCGAGGACAGCGUGCGAGCGGCGGUGGACGUGCUGGACUCGCUGUUCUCGUUCCUGUCGGACGCGCGCGCCUACGUUGCCGGCACUCUGCACACGCGGCCCAUCGACGAGGCUUUCCUCUGGGAGAGGCUGGCGGAGGCACGGACCGCGGUGCGGGCGGCACUGGCUGACGACAUGGAUACACCGCGCGCCAUCAGUGCCCUCAUCACGCUGGUGCAGCACGCGCACAGGCAGAUGCAGACAGCCAGCCCGGUGGUGGGGGCAGUACGGAGCCCCAGCGUGCUGGGCGCAAUCGCUGCGUUCAUCGAGCGGAUGAUGGAGACGUGGGGACUCCAGCUCCAUGACGCACAGCAGGUGGCGGCGGUCGAUGCGGGGCCUCUGGCGGCUGUGCUGGACCACGUGGUGGCAUUCCGCAGUGAGGUGCGCGACUUCGCAUUGGCGGGGGACGUCGUGCAGGAGGAGCGCCGAGGUGCCCGGGCUGAGCGUCGCGCGCUGCUGGACGCGUGCGACCGGCUGCGUGAGCGUCUCGCCUCUUGCGGCAUCGAGCUCAAGGACCGGGGAAACGCAUCCACUUGGAGACACACGGAGACGGGGGUGACUGACAGGGGCGCGGGAGAGUGCGAGUGACCCAAGCAGAGCACGAGCGAGUCUCUGCUGAAUCGCACGGAGCGUGCUUCAACCUUGGUGAAUCCUGGGUCCGGGGUCGGACCUGCGUCCUGGAGCGGAGCCCAGCCCCUCGGCUCAAUUCCGUCAUGGGGGAAGUCUCGAGUGAGACCCGACGAGAGGUCCUCUGCUGGACGAUCACAUGCACUACGGCUAAGAGAGCCGAGGCUUGUUUGCCUUGAGGGUGCCACUCCGGUGCCAAGACAUUGCUUUUGUCGGGGUGCCGAUACUUCAAUUUGUGGCUCCCAAGUCUCAGCAGAGGCGAGGUUGUCAAUUGCUCCAUGGAUGGGCACUGCACUGAGCGUUGCCCAAUUGUAUCACACGAGGCUCAGGUCUUGCCAAGUUUUGACAGGAAAUCCGAUUUUAAACUUUCCCUCCCCCACAUAUUGUGUUUAUUGACCCAGAUUAGUGCCCGAGGAACCGACAAAUGCUUUUAAAAUUUACAGUCUGCCUUGAUUCUCACCCCCUACGUUUUUCUUCACGUUACUUAAUGUCGCUGGGCAUACUGCCUACAGAGCAACAAUUGAACAUUAAACAGAUUACUUUUUUUGCAUUGACAAGGUGGAUUCUAUCCUGGCUCGUGCUGCGGCCGGUAAUUAAAUUCCCCUUCAUGCUGCCAGCCAAACACAUUAGCACGACCUGCUAUGAACGUCUGAAAAAUGUUGACUCUGCUUUCCCUGGAAGGGGGUUUAUAAAGUGGGAUGGACUGAAUACGUCGAAGUGUUGAGUGAUUUCAUUACGGGAAAGCGAGCAGAUGUUCACGUAAUUCUCAAUCUCGUUAGGGAUUGGCGAGGCUGUAAAUACGAUGCAAUCCGUGCAGUGACGCGCACCGCUGUUGCAGCACGUGUUGUUGAUCGUAGUCACGUGUUUGUUAUUAACCUGUUCGUGUGAUGCACGUGGAGCGGUGCUGUCCUGGCUGUGGCAGCCAAAGGCUCUACUUCCCAUGUCUAUUCAUCAGUUAGGUCGCUGGGCUCAAAUAAACACGAAGUUGCUUACAUCAGGUGAAUAACACGAUACCCACAUUGUCCACCAAUGCAGUUAAGGCAAAUGUUAAUAAAAUAAAAUAAUUCAAAAUCCUUUACAAGAACAAUGAUUCAUGGAUGGAUUUUUACCCUCUUAAUGUGUGCAUUGAAUCAUGUAUAAUUUGAUUGGUUCAUAAGAUCCUGAAGCCAUUAUCGAUUGUACAUGUACCACAAUAGCAAAUUGAUGAAUAAAUCAAUGCUACCAUCCAUAUAAAAAAGUAUUGAAUUAGAGGGAUUAAUCCUUAUCCUUGCCAUCAGCUAAAUUUGAGCUAUAUGCAAGUCGCCUCUGCUCCUAGUUACAAAUAUUUUUAACAAACUUAUUUCUUGCAUACA